AUGCUACUACAGCGCACCCGAUCCUCGGCGCAUAUCUUGGGCGGCGGGUCGAUGCCCAGCAGACGGGUCGCCGUGGACGAUGACAGCGGCGGGAGCAGCAACCACACGGCGACUGGCAUCCACCGCAAACGCAGCAUUCGGCACACGGUCCAACGAACAUCGUCGGGGUUUGUGGGCGCCAUUCGGACGGCCUUUUGGAGAAAACCUCCGGUCGAGCCCAGCACGAGCCUCAAUAUUUUUUGCAGUGAUGUGAUUGUCAGUACCGAACAUACACUGGCCCGCAUGCAAAAGGUCCAAACGACGCCGACAAUUGUGCAAUUGGAAUUGGAAGACUUGUUGGAACGGGAAGACCAGACCAUGUUUUUGCACGCUCGCGACGUACUGAUUGCCGAUCCCAAACACAAUGUGCGACCGUGGAGCUACGUGCGCUUUGUGGAUCACGUGCAUUCAUCCGAACGGUUGGAUCGGUAUUUGGGAUUGCAACGGGAUUUGUGGCGAUUGAUCCAUUUGGAUGCCUACGAACGACACAUUACCAUUCAAUUUCAGUGUAUUUUGGAAAUUCAACGGGGAAUUCCGUACAGUCAACUCAUCAGUCAACUCGAAAUGAUCAUGGACAGUGAUGCUGCCGUGGAAGAAGGGAAACAAUUGCACGGGGUCGAAUUCGACGGGGCGCUAUUUGGAUUCGUACCAUGGGAUGUUCCACGGGAAAUUUUUAGUCUUUGUCGCAAUGGCUAUUUGAGGGAAUCCAUCAUGCUCCGAAUCAUGUACCAUGGGGCUUCAGGGAAUCAAGCCACGACCACUACUACUAGUACGGGCACUCCUACGAAUACUAGUAGUGCAGGCAGUGUGAGUGACAAGGGAAGGGACGACAACAACAACAACACUACAGACGAAGCAACCUCCGAGACGUUCGUCACAUUGACCAAGAAUAAGCAGCGCUCCAUCCGCGUCUUGCAAGCAUGUAUUGUGCGACUCCAGGGAAUGGCCGAAGAGGACGGGGACGACGAAUUUACGGCAAGCCCGACGGAGACGCCGGAAGAAAUUUUGGAGCCGGAUAUAGACGAGGGAAAAGGGGACGACGACGAUGACGAUGACGCGAGCAUCAUUUCCGAUUCCGACGACGAAGAGUUUGCUGGCACCCACAACAACAACAACAACAAUACGCCACAGCCGCCUCGAAAAGUCGAACGAUCUCGUUCCACGGGGCACGUGUCGAAAACUCCAAGCAGAAAGUCCGAUGUCCGGUGGCAAGUGGCCGCCAAACCGGCCAUUCAGGGAUACACAUCGCGUCAAAAGCUCAACGCCAUGCGACAGGGAAUGCGGCGCAUGAUUCAUCAACGCGAUUCACACAAUCAAGGCAAUAACGAAGAUUCGUUGGGCCGGCACAGCAGCCACGACAUGGGAAGACGUAGUCGUCGCGACAGUUUCCUCAUGGACAACAGCAACAACUCAGCACCCCAAGCAAGGAUUUCUGCACCGGCACAUUUGAUGCGCACCAGAUCCACUCCGAGACGGUCCAGCUCGGCCAGUACAGCGCUUGGAGCAUCCCUCAUGCAGACCGAUUGGGAACGGGAACUCAUGGGGGAGCUAGACGAUGACAGUUUUCGUUCUUGUGUCAGUAUGGGCGGCGGAAGUCGUCCUUCCCUGGGUGGGUCCUCUGGUCGUUCCAUGAUGAAUGGUUCCAGUCGUUCCAUGAUGGACGGAUCCAUGCCCCGCACGAGGGUUUCCGCGCCCUCACCCUUGCAGCGAUACAGCAGUAUGGGCGGCAGUCGUCCUUCCUUGGGCGGGUCCGGUCGUUCCACGAUGGAUGGGUCCAUGCAGCGAAGCAACAACAACACAACACAUUCCUUUUCUCCUCCCAGGGUCAGACGCUGCAGCUCGGCCAGUACGGCCGUUCGAGCAGCUUCGUCCAUGAUACAGAGUCCUGAUUGGGAACACGACUUGGACCGAAAUAGCGCACACAGCAUGGGCAACAGCAGUCACGGAUCCAGGGCUGCACCCGCACACAUUGUGCGCAGACCACCUAAAUUCCCGCCUCCGCUCCGCAAGGGAGCGCGCUGCAGCUCUACGGGGACUUUGGAUGAUCAUCAACCAGCCGGCAAAGAAGAGUUGGACGGCAGCAGCCGCCACAUGAGUCGAAGUUAUAGUGCCACCCGAACGAGGCUCUCCGGUCCCACAAAUGCAAUGCGCAAACCACCUACAUUACCGGCACUCUCUCCUCUACCCCAUCGGAGUAGAAUCAGACGAACUACUUCGGCAGGCUCUUUUCGGGCGGCAGCACCCUCUACGAGCGAUUUUGAACAGGAAGUACUAAGCUUGUUGGCAGAAAAAGAAAACAAUUAUGCGAAUGAUCGGGCAAAGAUGGAGUCCUCCAAAGCUGUCUUCUCCAGUGCUCCAGACGCAUCUUCCGUUCCACCGCGCAGAGUGCAACGGAGAGGUAGUAGAUCCAGAAGCCCCAAGCGCAGCCCCAAUCCACCACGCCAAGUGCAACGAAGCUCAUCGAUUGGCAAUAAUAAUAGUGCCAGAAGCCCUAAACGCAACCCCAAUCCACCUCGCCAAGUGCAACGGAGCUCAUCGAUGGGUCAUGGUCUUAAAAGCCCUGCAGCACGCAAAAAAAUACAACGAAGUUCAUCCAUGGGCGCAGGUCUCAAAAGAGGUGCUAUCUCGUCUACUAGCUCCGACGUCAAUUCUUCCUCUCAAAGGGGUUCACAGAAGAAAUCCGAGACACCAGCAAACGUGCCUGUCAAGCGAUCUUUGCGACGAGCUAACUCUAUGGGUCACCCGUCGGCUAGUCCGUCCAAGCCAAAGCGACGCGGUAGCUUCUCCGAAUCAAAACCAUCACACACUACGCCCAUCUCCCGCAAUCUUACCCCACAGAGAAUUAACCGACGAAUGAGAAAAUCCAAAAGCGUAGAUGAAUCCUUCUCGAGUCGAUUUGGAAAUGCCUUGGCGAAACGAGAGUCCCUGGCUAUUACUCCAGUGUCCAGGACACAGUCCCCGAAACGAAGCAUUGUCGGCGGGAGACCAAAGCUGCGACGAUCGAGCACCAUGGGAGAUGAGUGCGUUGCAAAAUUGACAAUGCUGUGCGAUGAUGGACAACCAAGACCUUCACGAUCUAGCACCAAGGUUGAUUCUUCCAACAUGCCACAAACUGAAAUGGUAGAGUUCUUGGAUAAUGUGAUCACAGGCCUCAAAUACGAUUCGCCCGAGAUUGAACCAGAUUUUGGGGCGAGUGAAAGCAGCUUUCAGCUUGUAGAUUGGAUUGACCUGGAAAAUCGCAUCAAACCCAAAACGCCUCCAAAGGUGUCUGACGCCGACGAAGACAGUUGUGAGGAUGCGGAUGAAGAAAGCUUGAGCACCCAACUCAAUGCUGAUGUAAAGCCGAAUGCUGAUGCGGAUCCUUCAGCGGCCGUGUGGGGCACAGCUUCGACGUCGUCUCUGCUUGACGAUGAUGAUGAUGACGACGACGACGGGUUUACGAACCCGACGACGGAAUGCCUUCUCGAUUGGGCCAUGCAGCAAGAAGAGGACUCUUCCUGUGACACAGAUUCCCGGCCCUCUGUAGGAUCCUGUGAUUGGAACGCAAUUGAUUCUGACUCCUCCGAAAGCGAAUGUUCGUUUUCACUGGAAGAACCACUUCCCGAAUCAUCUGUGCCUUCUGCACCACGCAGAGAUUUGCACCGCGCGAAAUCGUUAUCACGCCUGGACAGAAGGCGUCCGGAGGACAUGCAAGAGAGGCGGGAAGUGAGGAGAACCAGAAGCUCGAACUUGCGCGGGCUUACAGCCAGAAGUGCAUCCUAUAAUUGGAGUAGGCACAAUUCCGACCCUUCCGACCUUGAGCAAUCCUUUGUACAAGAAGACCCAGUUCCUGAUUUGAAACCAGCUCCUCCUGAAACGCCAGAGGUAGCAACAUCAUUGGAUCCUGCUUUGAAACCAUCUCCUCAUGAAAUGCCAGAAGAAACCGGCACAUUGUCAGGCAUGGAUAAAAGGCUUCAAGAAGAGUAUAUGGAACAAAGGAGGCAACAAAUGAAGAGGACCAAGAAGGUUGGCAAGUCAUGCUCAGACUUUUUCAAGAAGCCAGCUAGCAAGGCGUUGUACGAUUGGAGCUUGCACAAGCCAGAUUCUUUGGACGAUGAGAAUAAUGUUUACUCUUCCGACAGUGAACAGUCUUUUGCUCAAGAAGACACUGUUCCUGAUUCAGAGCCAGCUCCACCUGAAAGGCCAUCUAUGGCCCGGACGAAAUCAAUGCCAGGCGUGGAUCGAAGAUUUGAAUUGGGUAUGGACGACAGGAGGCAACAGAUGAAGAGCACCAAGAAGGUAGGCAAGUCAUGUUCAAACUUGCUGGCGAUGGAAGGAGGAAAGUCGAGGCGACGACGAAGACAGGAUAGAAAUGCCGAAACCUUGCCCUUGCCCAUGACGGGGCCCCUAAAUCCAGAGAACUUUUGCAGAAGGUCCUUCACCACCACCGCAGUGCCAGAUUAUGACUGGGUAACCCGCCGUCAAAGCUUCAACUGGGCAGUCUAUGCAUCGGAAUCGGAUGCUGUGCAACUGGAGACCUAG